AUGCUAAUCCCAGGAGGUGAAGCACUGCGUAGUCCUUCUUCCAGUCCGCAUGUAUCAAUGAGAAACCGCGCCAAUUUGGGGACGAACAUGCGUGACAAUUGGGAUUCAAAUGAUGUGAAGAGUCGCAAUUCACGUCGUGAUCAUCGAAUGUCUGUACCAAAUCUAUCACCAGAGCCUUCAAGUGCAGUAGUUCAAUCAGCUAAAGCGCUUAGGGAAAAACUAGGAAGAAAUGGGGAUGGAGAGUUGUCGACUAUUAACGAGGGUUUGAUAACCCCUGUUAUCCGUCGAAAGCAGUUCAAUCAACCUACAGCGUUAACUUGUAAUGUGAACCGAGGAAUAACAUCGAAUCAGGGCUCUGGGCAUCCUAUAAAUGCCAUAGGAAAU